AUGAAUAUUGUUAUCCCUAUGGGUGGGAUUGGACAUCGUUUUAGUAAAGAAAAUUAUCGUUUUCCAAAGCCGCUUAUAAAAAUUGUUGGAAGACCAAUGUUGUUUUGGUUAUUAGAUCAUUUAGACACCAAGGAAGACGAUGUUAUAUACAUUGGCAUUUUAGUGAAUCUAGAAAAGCAGUUCGAUAUAAUUCAAACAUUGAAAAUGGAAUAUCCAAAGAAAACAUUUGAAGGAAUUAUUAUUGAUUUCGAAACAAGAGGUGCAGCGGAAACACUAUUUAUUAUAUUGCAGUCGAUGGAACCAGAUCGCUUGAGACGAAAGACAAUAUCUCUCGAUUGUGAUACCAUUUACUUCAAACCAAUUAUCGAAGAUUUUCGUCGACUGCCAGGUAACUUGAAUGCUUCGUUUUUUUUUGAAGAUAAUGGGGGUAAGCCUAUAUACUCUUACCUAAAACUCGACGAAAAUAUUAAUGAACAAGCAUGUUUUACAGUGAGAGAUGUUUGUGAAAAAAUAAUGAUUUCAAAUCAUGCAAACACUGGUGCUUAUGCCUUUCAUUCAGCCUCUAUUUUAAAACAGUUUUGUAUCCGGCUUUUGGAUGAAGCAGUAGGACAUUCAGGGGAAUACUAUACAACAAGUAUUAUCAAAUUAAUGAUGGAUCAUGGUGAACGAUUUGUUGGAAUUCACGUUAGUUUGGACGAAUUCACUUGUGUUGGAACUCCUGAUCAGUUGAAUCAUUUUUUAAAAAGGCUAAAAACAAAAGAAAGUUCGAUACCUGUUCCUCGAAUCAGAUUUUGUUUUGACUUAGACAACACAUUAGUAUCCCAUCCAUUCGAACAUGGUGACUAUGACUCAGUUGUGCCAAAACUGCAAAAUAUUCAACUGGUUCGAGAGCUACACAAUGCUGGUCACUAUAUUAUAAUUCAAACAGCUCGCCGAAUGAAGACACAUCAGAGUAAUGUUGGUGCAGUAAUUGCUGAUAUAGGACGAGUAACACUGGAAACAUUAGCCAAGUUUGAAAUACCGUAUGACGAGUUGCUGUUCGGAAAACCGUAUGCUGAUGUUUAUGUGGAUGAUUUGGCUAUACAUGCUUUGAUUGAUACGGCUAAAGAGAUUGGCUGGUCACUCGAUGAGAAUAAAUGCGAUUUCUCAAACCAGAACCAGAUAAAAGGUUUUCUAUCCUCUCGACAUUUCCAUACAGUUCAGCAGUUGGACAAUUCUAUCAUUAAAAGUUCAUCAAGUGACUGUAUGCAAGGUGAAGUUUACUUUUAUCAAAAUAUCCCACCGAUUAUCGGUGAUAUAUUUCCAAGACUAGAACGCGUUGAAACGAACAAAGAUGCUGGCAUUACAUCUAUAGUUAUAGAAAAAAUCAAUGGUAUUACCUAUUCACAUUUGUUUACAAAUUUAUGCUUAACAGAAGGUCGGCUAUUGAAAUUUCUAUCAUCAUUAAAACGUAUUCAUUCGUCACUACCAGCAGAACUUAAGGAGCUGAAAUCAAAUAUUUAUGCAAAUUAUUCGAGUAAAAUUCUAUCACGCUUCAAUAAACAUAUUGAUAUAUAUACGAAUCUAGAUGAACAUUUUAGAAAGCAUUCCGAAUCAUCAAUGAUCCCGUCGAAAGAAUUGGCAGAUCACUUCAUCACAUAUUUCACAUCAUAUGAGAUGUCUAAAUGUGGUCAGCAUAAUCCAAUCAUUCAUGGUGAUCCAGUAUUCACUAAUGCUUUGCUAACCCCAGAUAGCCGAGUUAUCUUUUUGGACAUGAGGGGUUCGUUGGGAACAGAAGUUACUUUACAAGGAGAUUUGAAUUAUGAUUUGGCUAAAGUCUAUCAAUCAUUAACUGGAUACGAUUUUAUUUUAUUGAAUAAAAGCGAUUCCCUUUCAACAGCAAGAGUGCAGAAAUAUAUUUCUCAGCUCGUUGGUACGUUCGAGAAGUUUCUUUCGAGUGAAUAUAUCAAUGCUGUAAGUUGGAGGGAUUUUAAAAUAAUUACAGCGCAAUUCUAUUUUACUUUAAUACCAUUACACAAUAAUUUUCAACAUCAAACACAGUUUUAUGAGCUUGCAGUAAAACUUUAUCAUGCGAGUAAGCUGGAAAAACUUCACUGUGAUAGAACAAGCGAAUAG